AUGGUUCAGUUCACUCAGGCUGUUGCGGCCGCUCUUCUGGCUACGGGAGUCGUCGCCCACCCCGGAGGCAAUACCAACAAGGAUAUUCUGAGGAGGCAGGCCCAUCUUGACCACCCCGAGAGACGCAGUGUUCAAUCAUGCAAGAGGGACCUCGUGGAAAGCGGAUGGGUCCGCGAGCAGCACAUGAGACGCGAAGCUCGCCUUCAUGAACUCCGUGUAGCGGCAGGAUUCGCGAAGCCUCACGAGCUGGUGCGCCGCGAUCCCGCAGAGGUCGAGGAGGAGUACGGCAUCCAGGCGGCGUGCACUCUCGACCCUGAGGCUACUGAGGGCCCUUACUGGGUUAGCGGCGAACUGAUCCGUCAGGAUGUCCUUACUGGUGAGAAGGGAGCCAUCACUCACCUGGAUAUCAACCUGGUCGAUACCACCACGUGCAAGCCCGUCACCGACGCCUAUGUCGAGCUUUGGGGAGCCAACUCCACUGGCGUCUACACCGGUGUCCAGGCCAGGGGCAACGGUGAUGGAAGCAAGAGCGCUGUCACCACGAACGCCCUGCGCGGCAUCCAGCCAACCGGCUCCAACGGAACUGCUACGUUCAUCACCAUACUCCCCGGUCACUACGUCGGCAGAACCAACCAUCUCCACACCAUCAUCCACCACGGCGCCAAGGUCCUCCCCAACAACACCAUCCAGGGCGGCACCAUCUCCCACGUCGGCCAAUUCUACAUUGACCAGAACUUCCUCGCUCAGGUCGAAGCCACCGCCCCCUACAACACCAACAAGCAAGCCAUCACCACCAACGCCCGCGACCCGCUCUUCAACAUGGGCAAGCAGGGCGGCGACGACCCCGUGCUCAAGAUCUCCCUCAUCGGCAAGACCAUCGCUGAUGGCUUGUACGCUACCAUCGACGUUGGCGUCAACCCCAAGGCCAGGCAGAACCCUCAGCCCGUCAACUUCUGGACCGAGAAGGGCGGCAUCCCGGUUCCUAACUCUCCCUGGACUGGAUAUCCCGAUACCUGCAGGUACUGCGGUUUCGGCGGUGGCCGUCCCCCGACGAAGAGGGAG